CGCGUGGAGACUAGUAUUUUUGACUGAUACUCGAGCACAGAGUAGACUGGUUUGUCAAGUUGCGGAGAGGUAGACUAAGAAAACACCAUGGUGGGAGUGGAGUGCAGGUCUGAGCAGGCGAGGGUGUGAUCCCUCUACGAUUGGUCGACAAAGAGACCGACGGCCCGACAGCUCCAGACUGUUAGAUAAGGAAAAUGGCUCGAAAUGUUGCCUUUGACCUGAACCACCCUCUCAUGGAAGCUGGACUGGAGAGUCCAAUAGACGAGGAAGGUGUUCAUGACUCGUUCAGCCAGCUGAUAGCAGAGCAGAGUCAGAAUGGAGGAGCGUCUGACUCUGACGCCUUCGAGCUGCAGGAGCUGCAGAGACAACUGGACGAGGAGGAGCGAGACAAUGUUGCCUUCCUGUCAGGCCCUGGACGUGAGUUACGUGAGUUUCAGGGAAGGAGGCAGAGGGACGCAGAAUGGGAGGACGCUGAAACCCAGGCGGACCCCCUCAUAGGGGAACGAUGGUCCUCUGCAACCAUGAAGAUCCUCUCCUCCAUGCCCAGCCGAACGAUCGGUCGCAACAGGGGCGCCAUCAUCUCGCAGUACUACAACCGCACCAUGCAGCUCCGGAGACGCAGACAGAGCCGACCCGCCAUCCGAGACUUCUCCCGCUCUGCCAGACCCAGCAUACGGGGCUACGGCAUCGAGACCGACAGUGCGGACGCAGAGGUGAGUAAGAGGGACCGUUUGGUGAACAACCUGCAGAACCUGUCAGUCAGCGACAGAAUCCGGAUGCUCCGAGCGAUGCCUCUUAAUGUUUCCGAAAAGAGUGAACUCAGGAGCUUAGCUUUACAAAAGGAGAAACGCACGCUUUCUCGUCGCAUUCCCUGCUGCAGUCAACUCAAAUAUUACAUCAUCAAUGGGGCGAGGCAGGGUUGGUACAGCUGGCUCUCCUUCCUGCACUCCCUCCAUCUGUGGCAAGUGCCGCUCAAGAGAGUGAGCGGACGUUUCGGCAGCGGCGUCCUCUCCUACUUCCUGUUCCUAAAGACCCUACUAUUCUUCAACGUCUUCCUGUUCCUGUUAACGGGGGCCUUCAUGGUGCUGCCUCAGGCGCUGCACCGUCCAGACACGUCUGCAGGGAGACUCCCCUUCACUGGACUGGAGCUCCUCACCGGCGCCGGCUAUUUCUCAGAUACUGUGAUGUACUAUGGCUACUACUGUAACUACACACUGGGUAAGAGCUGCAGGGAUGAUGGGUGGGUGCACGAUGUCUCUCUGUCCAAUGGGACCAUGCCGGACUGUGUGUCCAAGCACCUGCCCUACAACAUGCCGCUGGCCUACUUUUUCACCAUAGGAGUGUCUUCCUUCCUCACCUGCAUCAUUCUUGUGUACAGCAUGUCAAAGUCGUUUGGGCAGAGCUUCCGAAUCGACAAAUCUCACAGCAUCCUGGCAAUAAAGACCUUCUGCUCCUGGGACUUCAAGGUCAUUAAGAAAUCUUCCGUCAAACUCAUGUCUGAGAAUAUCUGCACCCAGUUCAAGGAGCUGCUGGCAGAGGUGAGUCACAAACAGGUGAAGAACACUCGGUGCCAGAGGCUGUGGAGGCUGAUGGUCCACGGCCUGGCCUGGGCUAUCUGCGUGGCCAGCACCACGGCCUGUGUGCUGGCCAUCUACUACUGCUCUGAUCACAUGCAUCAGAACCUCCAGUUACUUCUGCGCAGUGGCGUCCCCGUCAACAACCCGCUGCUGAACGAGGCCAUUCUGCUGGCCCUCCCCGUCCUGGUGUCGCUCAUCAACCUUCUGCUGCCCGGCCUCUUCAACCUGGCUGCCUGGAUGGAGGACUACGAGUCCCCGUCUGUACGCACAUAUGUCUCCAUUGGCAGAAACUUGAUGUUGAAAGUGAGCGUGCUGGGAGUCCUGUGCUAUCACUGGCUGGGUCGGGUGGCUGCUGACCCCGAGACUAUUGGCCUGAAGUGCUGGGAGACUUUUGUCGGCCAGGAGCUUUAUCGUUUCCUGCUCAUGGACCUCAUCUUCACGAUACUGGACACCUUGUUUGGAGAGUUCCUUUGGAGGUUGUUCUCUGAGAAGGUGCUGAAGAGGAGGAGGAAACCGGUGUUUGACAUCGCCAGGAACGUCCUCGAACUGAUCUACGGACAGACGUUGGCCUGGUUAGGCGUUCUCUUCACUCCUGUCCUGCCUGCAGUGCAGAUCCUCAAACUGUUGCUGCUCUUCUACAUUAAAAUGAGCAGUGUGAUGAUGAACUGUCAGGCUCCCAGGAAGCCGUACAGAGUGAGCCAGAUGACCACCGUCUUCAUCACGCUCCUCUGCUUCCCCUCCUUCCUCGGCGCCUCUGUGUGCGUCACUUACACCAUGUGGAGCAUCACCCCUUCCUCAUCGUGCGGCCCCUUCCGAGAGCUCAAAACGAUGUUCCAGGCGGGGAAGCGGUGGGUGGAGGAAUUGGAAAAAGAUAAUCCCAACCUGUCGGUGCUGGCCCGAGCUCACUCCUACCUGGUGGAAAACCCUUUCUUCCUGUUUGUGGGAGCAGGCAUCUUCCUGAUCGUGAUCUACUUCCACAGUCAGGUGGUGGACGGUCAGAGGAAGAUCAUCGGCCUACUGCAGGAGCAGAUAGAAAAUGAAGGAGAUGAUAAGAAGUUUCUGAUCACUCGCCUCCAGACAAUCCACGAGCAAAAACGAACCCCCGCUCGACGACUCGUCAGUCAGAACUCAAACUGUUGAGAGCCCAUCCUCCAGCAGACAAGCCUCCUCAAUUCUCUGAGCACUGAGGUCUGCAGAAAUGGAUUGAACUGGAAUAAUAACAGGGACAUUUAAAUGUAUAGUACAUUUAAAAUCUGGCCAGUCAUUUAUGGCUGGAGCUUUUGUAAAGAUGCAAAACAAACCAAGUGGAAAUAUGGGGUGAAACAGAGCUGUGUGCUUUAUGCAGCGACGUGUAUAAAUGAUACCCAUACUCCAACGUUAGGAAGUCGUCAGACGCACAGCAAAACUCUGAAGCUGAUGUUAAUCAGUUUACACAGAUUUUAAAUCAUCUCCUUUAAAAGCACUUUCAUAUCAACUGUGAACAAAUCGUUUUUAUUAUUAUAUCUUGUGCAAACUUGGUAUAUAUAUUUUUUUUAUGCUUUUAUUUUUUUAAAUGUUUAACAGUGUGUAUUUUGUACAGUAGGUAAACUUUGGAUGUUGUGGGUGUGAGUAUGAUAAUACCGAAAAUGACUUAGCUGCAAAUGCCCUUGUUCUGUAAUUCUGUGGUAAUUAAAUUAUGUUUUAACCUA